UUUACAGUUAAAAUGGAUUGACAUCUCAAGUAACUUCUUCCUUCAUCACUCACUCUGACGAACGGUACGAACUUGCAACAAUGGCAACACGUCCAACUGUUGACAAUGAGCUUUCAGCAAUCCUGAACGAGUUGUGGAAGCUGGAUGUGAAUCGCCUGAAACCUGGAAUAGACUACGCUAUCAAUCUACAGGGGAAAGCUGAUUAUGUGGCAAAAGGCAAUAAUUCUGCUAAAGACAAAGCUAGUACUCCUUUGUUCACUUUUGUCAAUGAGGACAAGCUGAAAAGCAUUCCAACGUACAACUGCUUUAUGAAUCUCCUAAACAACUAUGAGAUAUCUACAAACGAUGUAGAAACAGUAACCAGAGAAGAGUUGGAGGAGAAUAACCUCUUUCUUGAUGCAAUUUUAAAAACUCAGGUCAUGAAGCGUGCUCAUAAGUAUCUAAUCAGUAAAGGACAAGCCUCAUCUAAUGAAGCUCAGUUUAAAGUGCAACUCUGUAACAUCUGGUUCAAGCUCUAUGAAAGAGGCAAAACUAGAGGUGAGAACUCAUGUGGGUUCGAGCAUGUGUUUGUUGGUGAGAUCAAGAAAGGAAAAGAGAUCAUGGGCCUUCAUAACUGGGUUCAGUUCUACCUGCAGGAGAAGCUGAAAGUUGUAGACUACAGGGGCUACAAUUCCAAAGACAUGCCGGAUGUGAACGAUCAUGUCAUAAACCUGCAGUUCAGCUGGAAAAGUUUGGUAAAGCCACUAGGCAGUUCCUUCAUUGGCGUCAGCCCUGAGUUUGAGGUGGCACUCUUCACCAUUAUCUUCCUCACAAGUAACAACCCUACCAUCAGUACUGUGGUCAAAGUGCAAAAGUACUUGUUGGAGAUUGUGGUGUGUCGUCUUGAACACUCGAUUGGAACAUCCUACCCGAAAUUACUGAGCAGCAAUAACAGAGAUUUGUAAAUCCAUAAGCAUUGGUAUAAAUAGUGCAGAAAGGCAUGAAAGUCAAUAAGGUUCUUCUGUAUGCCUUAAUACAAUUUCCAUUAUUAUCAGCAAAACAGCCUACAUCCACUCACUGACCACUUUAUGAGGUUCACUUAUCUUGACUGUACAAUAGUCAGCCAUUCUGUGAGCUUAACCAACCAUAUAGAUGCUGUUGCUGUUUACACCUUUUACCCCUUGUACACUAUCCAUCAACACAAAAAGACUCCCAUAGGACUCCAACUGAACAGAUGUUACUGGGUAGUGAACCAAUCUUAGCACUGAAGUGAAACUUCCAUAAUAAAGACAUGGCAGUGUCCUGUGGGAGUCUCUUUUCACUAAUGGAUGGGGCAGAGGGUAAUUUUGAGAGCACCAGAUUGACUGCAAUCAGUCAUUUUCUACCAACAAAGUUUAAAUAUAUGGUAGGUCUAGCUCAUUAAAUGACCAGUGAAUGUACAAACCAGAUAAAACCCAAUUUAAUAAAGGGUCAGUAAGGGUAUAAAAACAAUAAAUAAAAUUACAAACUGUUACAUUCAUGUUACUGACCAACGUGCAUAGUGCUACUUGUUUCUACUUCUAUUUAAAAGUACCUUUGUAUUGUUCUCUACAAAACAUUUUAUGUGUAAUGUUUAUUAAAUACAUUUUAUGGUUAUAAGACUAAAAGUUGAUUUUAAAAAAUGUUGUGUGGGAAGUUCGACACUGCCAGUGGUCUCACAAUGAGGAGGUGAUCCUUUUAAUGUUGAUAAAUCAAGCUUUUACAGAUAAGAUAUUUAUUUUAUAUAUAUUAUUGUGUUUGUUUUGUGUCAUUUCAAUUUUAAAGUACUGCUAUGUAUGCCACUCUAACUGGCAAAAAGUAUCAAAAAUAUUUGAUGUUGGUCUUAAACAUUUUCAAAUGUUCCUACCCCAGACAAGCAGCACACUCAUGGAACCUCAGUACAAAAGGAAUUGGUGGUCACUUAGUCAAAAGCACAUUUAAAAGUAAAUGUAAUGUACAAAUGUACAUAUGUGUUCAGUAUAGUUAAGGGUAAGGCUCUGUGCAGACUGCUGGAGUUUUUUCCACAUGAAACCAUGCCUUCAUGGACAUUACUUUAGUGACCUUAUGAUGUAUUACAAUAAAAUAAAAGGCACUAUUUCAAAAUAA